AUGGCGAACGUGCGGGACAGCGACAUUUCUCUGUGGCUACAUAAUAAGCUUGGUACAUCAAACGACUCUUGGAUAAGCGGCUCAAUCACCUCCCAGCUGAACAAGGAAGUGCUACGCAACAUCAAAGAAUGUUUUCCGGACUUACAGACGCAGGUGAAGCUGAAAUUGCUGCUCAGUUUCUUCCAAAUUCCGCGACGGAUCGUCGAAGAGUGGAAAACCGAAUUGGAAGAAGUGAUCGAGGUGGCCGGUCUCGACUCGGAGCUAUGGGUAUCGAUGAUUGCGGAAACGAUAAAAACUCUGCCGACGACGGGCUCACUGAACACAGAGAUCUCAGACUACGAGGAGACGCGACCCAUUUUUACCGACAUGGUCAACGAGCUGAAGCGGUUGGUGGUGAAGAACGCCGACCUUGGUAUGCUUCCGCUCGAAUGUCAGUAUCUGAACAAAUCGGCCCUGGUGUCGGUCGUGGGGCAGCAAGCCACGCCGGUAAAACACUUCACACUCAAGCGCAAACCGAAGAGUGCGGCCUUACGCGCCGAGCUGCUACAGAAGUCAUCGGAUGCGCAGAGCUGCCUAAAGAAGAUAUCCGCACCGACAGUGCCUUUACGGUCGCGUGGCAUUCCCCGCAAGAUGACCGAUACGACGCCGCUGAAGGGAAUUCCGUCACGCGUGCCAACAGGCGGAUUCCGCUCACCACCAGCGACGGCUGGUCAGUCGCGCCCGGCCAUGGUACGAACACCGGCCGGUCGGAAAGAUGGUGGCAUCAAGCUGCUCGAGAUUGGCGAGCAACCGUUGGGCUACGCGGCGGCGAAGAAACGGAAGCGCGAACAGGAACGCGAGGAGCAGGCGAAGAAGGUGGCCGAACAGCAGAGUCAAAGUGUGACCGAUUCCAAGCCCGUGCCAAGCACACCGACCACGCCGCCACCCGCUGUCUCCACAACGCCCGACUACGCGGCUGGCUUGACCGCACCGUCGACGGUGUACAGUCAGCCGGCUACACCGAUGCCGGCGACGUCAGGCAGCAAGGACUCGUCGGCUAGCAUAAUGUCCUCGACUAUCGUAAAUUCCACACAGCCGCCGGCGCAGCAACAACAGCCACAGUCGCUGUCAGGGGCCCCUCAGCGGCCGCAGCAAGCCACAGCGCAACCGACAAUAACGUCUCAACAGACCCCUCAGCAGCCGCAGUCAACGCAAAUACCCAAAGUUGAAGACCAACCGAUGGAGAUCGGCCAGGAAGAUAGCAAGGAAACAAUCAGCCUGAUAUCGCCUCAGACGUCCGUUGCGGUCAGCUCGGUUGUGAGCUCCGUUCCCGUUCCUCCGCUCGCGUAUCCUGCGUCGUCGAAAACGUUAACGGCGACGGUGCUGAAAACCGAACCGGGCAUCAUUGUUAGUACGGCCAGUUCGAACGUCACCCUCUCGUCGCAACCGCCAUCGCUGGUGCGAACUAUUCCACUGGCAACGAAGCAAAACAAAACGAUUCUGCAGGCGCAAUCUCCGGUGACGACUAGCACUAUCGGUGGCGUGCACAUUAUUCAAAAAUCGACCGGAAAAACUAUCAGCGCGGCAGCGGCCGCCGCAGCCGCAGUCACCAGCAGCAGUACGAUGCAGCCUAAGAUAGAAAUCAUUUCGUCGGAAUCGAUCACUCCGGGAUCGGCGCUGCACUCAUCGAUACCGAAAUCGACCACCAUCAUCAAUCGGGGCGGCAACAUACUGUUCACCACCAAACAGCUGCCGACGGUGGCGACAACGAGUGCGGCGGCAGGUGCAACAAUCAUUCAGCAGAAACCACCGCUAACGUCAUACGUGUUGAACACGAGUUCUCCCGGCAAGCAGAUCAACAUCCAGCGGAUAGUGUCGAGCGUGAAUGCGUCCGGCACGCCAACGCUCACCACGACCAUCUCUCGGGCCCAGCAUCAACAACAGCUGUUGCAGCACCAACAGCAACAGCAGCAGUUGUUGCAGUCGCAACAGUCCGUGGGAUUGGCUUCGUCACAGAAUACGAGAAUCGUGCAGAUCAAGACGGCCCCGACGGUUUCGCUCAACAACAACCAGCUGCUGCAGAAUAUUCCUCCGCUCAUAUCGACCCAGAUGCCGGGUGGUAAUGCACAACCGACGAUACUGAACAUUCAACCGGUUCAGCAGCAGCAGGGGCAGCUCCAAGGGCACCAGAAUCAACUGCAGAUUACGCCCACCGCCGCACCGCAAAAGCGCACGAUUACGAUAACGGCGCAAAAUCCGCCCACUUCGGGCAUCACUUCGUCGGUGGCGCAGAUCCUGCAGCAACAGCAGCAGCUGCAACAGCAACAGCAGCAACAGCAUCAAGCCUUACAAGCAAAUGCGGCCACGCUUGUCGGCCAGCAGCCGAAGUACGCGCAGGUGAUGAUGUCACCGAAUGUGAAAGGCAACACGAUCUACCUGACCAACGCUUCAAGUGUACCGAACGUGCUGCAGCAGAAAGGCGUUAUUCUGCGCACGGUGGACGCGUCUGGCAAUACCGUUUAUCAGCAGCUGCAAAUGCAGAAUGUGUCCGGGCUGGGCGGUGCAACGAUACUGACCGGACCGCCGGGUCUCAUCAAAACCGAGCCCGACACGAAGCUUAGUCAAAUUCCUGCCCUCGUCCCGACCGGUUCGCUGCACCAAAACAUUCCGGCACUCACGCCGGUCGUAAUACAGCCGGCGGUUGGCGGGGGGCAGCAGCAGACCGGCGCCACCACGAUGGUCGUGCAGCAACCGCAACAAACCUCCACGAUACCGGCGCUGAUCACGAACAUUUCCCAGCAGCAGCAACAGCAGCAGCAGCAGGUCAAGCAGCAAGUGAUUUUCCGCCAGGCCGGUGCGAACAACGUGCAAACGAUUCUACCGCAAGGCAUUACGCUUAUCCAGCGGCCGGCCGCGGGACAACCCAAGCUGCUGCAGACGAUCCAAGCUCAGCAAACGACGGCGACAACCACGCUCGGUGGUCAGCGCACCAUCAUCACGCAAAUCCCUCAACAGCAGCAGCAGCAGCAGCCACAGCAACAGCAUACGAUCCAAUUCCAGGCACCGGGAACGCAACGAACCGGCGGCACCACGAUUCAGCUCGUGCAGCAACCGCAACAAACCCAGCAAGUCCAGCGAACCCAAUCGAUUGUUUCCACCGGUGGUACUACUGCCGUUACCAUACAGCAGCAGCAAGGCGGUGGCGGUGCGCAGCAGCAACAACAAGCGCAACAGCCCCAACAGGCCGGCGCUAGGAAAGGCCUCUCCAUUUCGAGCAAGUAUUACAUGGAAGCACAUGAUAUGUUCAAGCGGGCGAAUUGCGUAUCUCGCCUAGAGAAGGCGAUCAUAAUCGGAUUCAUGGCCGGCUACCGGGACAAUCCACGACCGAAUCCGGAAAAUAUAGUCACCAUCAAGCUGAACGAAAGCAUUGAAAAAGUACACCAAUCUGACGACCGAACAGCGAUGAUGCUGGUGGAAUCGCUCAUCACGCUCGACUACAACACGGGUCAGUGGAAAACAUUCCGAAAGUACCGCGAAGUCGAGCCCGGCCAGCAGCUCACCGAAGGCGGUGACGCGUUGGCGGCUAGCGGAGCGGCUUCGGCCGCGCCUACCCCCGGUCAGCAGAACUCGGUAGUUAUUUAAUGUUUAUUGUAAAAUGCGCCAAAAAAUGGAAGAGAAAACCGAAAAAUAGGCAAAAACUGCUAAAAUUCAAGUGGAUAAAUAUCUCUCAGCCAAAUAGGGGCACAUCGGAUGGUGCGCUCUGCUUAGAGACUGUUGUUAAUGCGUAGAUUCGGGUAGGCACACACGACGACGGGGCAAAUGCUAGUCGUAGCCGGUUUCGUUAGCGCCUUUGUUUGCAGGGUAACGGUUUGGCGGAAGGAUUCUAAGAAUCGUGGUAUUUUGUGUGGAGGUUAAUUUGUGUUCGGUCGUUCAGCUUCCUGGGGCUCGGAUUUCUUAACCUAAGAUCACACAGUUUAUCACCCAUCUUAGUCGAAGUUAGUUCGUAGUAUUGUCUUAGAAAAACGAAACCUUUCGGUAGUAUCUUUUCCUUCUUUCUCUCUUUCCUUCUCUUUCUCUCUCUUUCAUACACGGUCUCGUGCAAUGUGUUGACGUCCGUUAGCGAUUUUUUUUUAACUUAGAGAAACGGACUGGGCCGUAUUUAUUUGCGUUCACGAUUUAUCUUUUUCGUAAGAACUUGUCUUCAGUUCAGCAGUUUCAUCAAUGCGAUAGAUGUGGCGAAGCUUAAAACAUAUACGCACGUACGUGUUAGAGCCAAUGCGUAGUCAAAUUUCAUAGAAAACUAACGAGACAGAUAGCCCUUUCUUUCAUUGUGGAAAUUUAUUUGAUCAGUGACGAUGUUGCAUUUCAGUUCCGUGAAAAGUUGAAAUUCCGUUGGAUGGGUAAUAAAAAUCAAACAUAUACUUGCUUCAGAAGUGCGUUGCUUACUUGGAACAAAACUGCAUGUAAUGAACACGUACGCGAUCCCGCAGCAAUUAGGACGUCUAAAUGGAUGGAAACACCUUUCGUUGGAAGCAUGGAAACAGGUAGGAACUUAGAAGACACAGGAGGCAGACCUCUAGUAAAAUGGGUAUCGGCACGGCGCGAUUAAAUGUGAACUAGUUAAAUGUGUACAGUCAGGUAGAUGCGUCAUUGUUGGCCGGUAGGAGGCAGGGAGCAACAGGAAAGCUGCCGAUGCCGCAGGGAGAAGCUAGGCACAUAAAAAAGCAUGCAAUGAUAGUAAAUGUGUAAUGCUGCAGGCUUCU